AUGAGCGACUUGAGAGAACGUCUCGCGCGAUUGGGACUGUCCCAAUACCACGAAGUGUUCACGGCCGAAGGCUUCGACACUUGGGAGACUGUGCUCGACAUUACAGAAUCCGACUUAAGUUCCCUGAACGUCAAGCUUGGACAUCGUCGGAAACUUCAACGGGCCAUUGCCGAAUCGCGCGGACAGUCUUCUGAUCGGCCCCUACCCAUCAGUCUUACACGAGCUGGAAGUACUGCCGGCUCAUAUCGCAGUGACGACUCAGGACCAGAGGGCAAAACCAAGCAGCCAGACUCUACCAACCCUGCGCCGGGUGGCACAGGGGCCAAGCGAAAAUACCGGCGGCAUCCCAAGCCCGACGAGCAUGCCCCAGAACGCCCGCCAUCGGCCUACGUCAUCUUCUCUAACCAGGUGCGAGAGUCACUAAAGGGACAAGAUCUUUCCUUCACUGAGAUCGCCAAGGUGGUAGGCGAGAAAUGGCAAGUGUUGCCCGCCGAGGAACGCGAAGGUUGCGAACGACAGGCCAAUGGUGCGAAAGAGAAGUACUACGCGGAGUUAGCUGAGUACAAGAAGACGCCAAAUUAUGAGGCCUAUCAAAAGUAUCUCGAAGACUUCAAGGCGAAACACUCAGUGCCCACCAAAGAAGGCAAACGUUCGAAGCUAGAAUCCGAGCCCAGCACUUCAGCACGAGGCAGCUACGAACAGAACGAUCAAGCCACAAACCGAAGAUUAAGUACUAUCCAGUCAGACGCCCAGACAACAGUACAGCAGAAAUCCGAUCCAGCCCAGCCCGUUGGCCCUUCACGACUCCCUGCCGGUCCAGUCUAUUCCUCAAACUCAACGUCACCGGCUAACCGUUCCCUUUCUGGCUUCAACUCCCCGCGCUCAGGCGAGCAAUUCUCCCCUACUUCCGCGUCUCCACGUAUCAAUGGCUUGCAAAGAGACGGAGCCUUUGAUCCAUCCGCGCCCAACCCUAUUCGGGACCCAAGGAUUCCUUUCGAUGCCAACCCAUAUCAUCAACCUUCUGCGUACAACCUGGAUCUUCACCAGAAAAUCACAUCUACAGCACCGCCUUCUUAUCCCCAUUCAACCCACUAUCAAGCGCCUAUCGAUAUGCUUUCUCGCAGGACUCCGCGAGAACCUGCGCGUCUUCCUCCUCUCAGCCACGAGGACACGACACUAUCAUCCGAGAGCGGUCACAGCACCCAAGGGUCUACGGGAUAUCCUUUCACAGUUUAUUCGGCGCAGACAUUACCUGUAGACCCAAGCAAGACGAUGCGCAUGCUUCCCCAACCAGUGCCUACAAUGGGUCCACUAGCCUCUCCAUUGGAUCGACCGAUGCCACAGAUGCCUUCACCCCACCUCUCACAUAACCCCCAUGAUUAUCGAACGCAGGGGUCACUCGCCGUCCUCGUGAGAGCAGGAGAGCUGGCGUCGAGAGCAGUGGAUGACGACGUGAUGGAGACCGAAGCUUCGCCUUGA